AAAUAGUAAUCAAAAUUCCUAGGACCAUUUUUCUGAAUGUUUUUUCAACGAAUGAACUCAUAGCCAUCUAUCUAUGUGUCUAUGAUAGAUAUUAGAUUUUUGACAUUUAAAUCAUGUUUUUCUAUAUUAAAAAUAUGUAUAAAACACUAUAUAUGAUGUCACAGGCAUUUUCUCCACCAAUCACAAGCGUCCACCUCAGCAGUCAAAUUUCUAAAUUUAAUUAAAAUUAACAAAGAAAAGACCAAACGAUUUUGGAAGUAAUUAGUAAUUACAAAAUUACGAAAAUAUUGCUUCGAAUUUCAUUUUCAGAAAUAAUAAUGGAAAAUUUCUCUUCCGUUUCUUAUUCUUUCUUCCUUUUCAGCACUGAUUUCUGACUCAUCAAAUAUUCAUCGAUCCUAAACCCUUUCUACCCAGAGGUACAACCAUUUCACUGCACAAGAUUUCCGAUCGAUUGCUGGCCGGAAAGAGGUCGGUUCUUUCUGCAACAGACCGGAAUUUCGGCUGCCGUCGCAGAUUGAAUUGGAGUGGGGAAUUGUGGAGAGACGAAUAUAUAUAUAUAUAUAUAUAUAUAUAAAGAAACACUUGUGUGUGUUAAGAUCAUCGAUUUCGAGAUUUCGUAGUUGCUGAAAUUGAUGGCAACCCCUGGAGGACCUAGACCAGGGAAUUUCCCCCCAAAUUACAACCCUAAUGCACUUGCCAACAAUAUGCAAAACCUUCAAAUUAAUCAGCCUAAUCAGCAGCAGCAACCGAGUAAUAUUGUUGGCGGCAGUAGCGCCCCUAGGCCCAAUACUUCACCAUUCGGCCAACAAGCACCACCUUUUAUGGGGGGGCAAUCGCGCCCCCCUCCACCUGGCGUGUUUCCGAGGGGUCCCACGCCCACCAAUGCUCCCCCUACGCAAACCACAUUGCCCCCGAAUAUGGUAUCUCAGCCCCCUCCCUUUGCAUCAAGACCACCCCCACAGGGGGCAUUGCCGGCUUCUAUCGGUGGUCCUGGUGGCCCCCCUCAUCCAGGAACUGGGCCCCGUCCGCCCCCAAUGGGCUCGUAUGGUCCAGUUGUUAACGGGCCACCUGCAUUUGCUCCUGGAAUGAUGACACAAAGUGGGCCCCGUUUCCCUCCUGCCAUGGGUGGCAUGCCAAGGCCGUCGGUUGGUCCACCACAAUCUCCGACAAUGUUGUCGUCUGGGGCAUCUUCUCAGCCCCUGCAAAUGCGUCCAAGCUUUGGUAGUCCACCUGCUGGUGCACCACCGCCUUCCAUGGGGCAACCAGGCCCGCCAUUUCAAGCUCCACAGUUUUCAGGCCCACUGCAAAACGGGCCGCCGCCUCCUUAUGGGAUGCAGACAUGGUCAUCACAGCCGCAGCAGGUGGUUCCACCUCCUCCCAUUCCUGGGCAUAUGCAGCAGCAGCAGAUGUUUGGAGUGACACCACCAUUUCCAAAUCAACCAAUGGCUUUCAGUCAAACAGGGCCUUUAAAAAUUGAUACAACCCAGAUUCCCCGUCUUACCUCAACUUCUGCUGUAAUUUUGCAUGAUACUCGCCAGGAUAACCAGGCAAACCCUCCCCCGCCUGCAACAAGUGAUUAUAUUGUCAGAGACACUGGAAAUUGCAGUCCACGUUACAUAAGAUGUACUACACACCAGAUUCCAUGUACUGGUGAUAUUCUAUCGGCAUCUGCAGUGCAUAUGGCUUUGUUGGUCCAGCCUUUAGCUCUUCCACAUCCAUCCGAGGAGCCCAUCCAAGUGGUUGAUUUUGGGGAAAGUGGCCCUGUUCGAUGUUCUCGUUGCAAAGGUUACAUUAAUCCUUUCAUGAAGUUUAUAGAUCAAGGAAGACGCUUCAUUUGUAACUUAUGUGGAUAUACGGAUGAAACUCCACGUGACUAUCACUGCAACUUAGGCCCAGACGGUCGGCGAAGAGAUGCUGAUGAAAGGCCUGAGCUUUGCAGGGGAACUGUUGAGUUUAUUGCUUCCAAGGAAUACAUGGUGCGAGAUCCAAUGCCUGCAGUAUUUUUCUUUCUUGUUGAUGUAUCAAUGUACGCUAUACAAACUGGCGCUACUGCAGCAGCUUGCAGUGCAAUCAGUCAAGUUAUCUCUGACCUACCUGAGGGUCCUCGAACCAUGGUUGGAAUUGCUACAUUUGACUGCACCAUCCACUUUUACAACUUAAAACGCGCAUCGCAGCAGCCACUAAUGCUUAUAGUUCCUGAUGUUCAAGAUGUCUACACUCCUCUCCAGAGUGAUGUUAUUGUUCAAAUUUCUGAGUGCCGUCAACAUUUGGAGACAUUGUUAGAAAGCAUUCCUGCAAUGUUUCAGACUAAUAGAACUGUUGACUCGGCUUUUGGUGCUGCUGUAAAGGCGGCUUUCCUGGCGAUGAAAAAUACCGGUGGCAAACUUCUUGUUUUCCAAUCUGUCUUGCCUUCAACUGGUAUUGGAUCUCUUUCUGCAAGAGAAGCAGAAGGUAGAAGUAAUUCAUCGGCAGGAGAAAAGGAAGCUCACAAAUUACUCCAACCAGUGGACAAAACGCUAAAGACCAUGGCCAUUGAACUUGCAGAGUACCAGGUCUGUGUUGACUUGUUCAUUACAAGUCAAACGUAUGUGGAUCUUGCUUCUCUCUCUGUUAUUCCAAGAACUACUGGAGGCCAGGUUUACUAUUAUUAUCCUUUCUCAGCUCUUUCUGAUUCUGCUAAGCUUUCCAAUGAUCUUCGGUGGAAUGUUACAAGGCCCCAAGGAUUUGAGGCUGUGAUGCGUGUUAGAUGCAGCCAGGGUAUUCAAGUUCAUGAAUAUGCUGGAAACUUCUGCAAGCGAAUCCCAACUGAUGUGGACCUACCUGCCAUCGACUGUGACAAGACAAUAAUGGUGACCUUAAAACACGACGACAAAUUGCAGGAAGGAUCAGAGUGUUCUUUUCAGUGUGCCCUUCUAUACACAACUGUGUAUGGCCAAAGAAGAAUCCGAAUCUCGACCUUGUCUUUGCCAUGCACCAAUAUGCCGAGCAAUAUAUUCCGAUCUGCUGACAUAGACACCCUAUUUUCCUGUAUCUUGAAGCAAGCGGCUGAUGAAAUUCCUUCAGCUCCUCUUUCUCAAGUCAGGGAUCGAGCUACAAAUGCUGUCAUUGACGUUCUUUGUUCCUACCGCAAGUCCUGUGCUACAACACAAUCUAUGGGACAACUUAUACUGCCCGAAUCACUUAAAAUGCUGCCCCUGUAUUUACUUGCUUUGCAAAAAAGCAAUGGAUUGCGGUCUGAUGGACGAAUUGAUGAUCGAUCUUUCUGGAUAAAUUACGUUUCCCCUUUGCCUGCUCCUUUUGUAAUCCCGUUUGUGUACCCUAGGAUGAUAGCCAUUCAUGACCUCGAUGAGAAGGAGCUGGACGAUUCCAUUAUUCCUACUCAGAUUCCACUUAGCAGUGAGAACAUUUCUGACGAGGGCAUAUAUCUUCUUGAGAAUGGUUACGACUGUUUGAUAUAUGUUGGCAAUUCUGUUCAGAAUAAUGCUCUGCAACAGUUUUUUGGUAUUUCAUCAGUUGAGGAGAUUCCAAAUCAGUUUGUUUUGCAGCAAUACGACAAUCCAUUGUCAAAGAAGCUGAAUGCUAUUGUAAAUGAAAUAAGGCGCCAACGGUGUUCCUACCUACGGUUGAAAUUGUGCAAAAAGGGAGAUCCAUCAGGGAUGAUGUUUAACUCUUACAUGAUAGAAGACAAAACAGCGGAGGGGCUGUCGUACGUUGAGUUCCUAGUACAUAUCCAUAGGCACAUUCAGAGUAAAAUGGCUUGAAUAUAGAUACAAUACACACACAACUUAUGUUAGAAUUCUUUUUUUUUUUUUUUUUGAUUAUUAACUUCUUAAGAGGAACAAACUGAUGAACUGGAAUACUAAUGAAUGAAGCUGGUAGUUUUGUCAGAAACAGAAACAGCAGGCUUUGUUAGUUUUGUUGAGGUGAAUGGCUACUAGUGUAAGAACUUCACAGUAUCUGGAUUUUUUUAGUAGUUGAACUGAACAUAACUACUUUUUAGUCCCCAUUUUAGUUUGACUUUUAUUUUGUCACUAUGGAUUAGCUA